AUGUGGAAGACUGUAAUAUUAUUUCUUUGGCUUAACGGUGUUUCCUCUGCUAGGAAAGAACUGUCUUCAAAACGUGGCGAGAAUGAUGAUGAUGAAUUAGAAAACAUUUAUGUUAAGACCAAUUAUAACUAUAGCAGGCUGCCCACGACUACAGAACGUAUAACAAAACCUGAAGUGGUCGUGGAAAAAUUUGUAGAGACUUUGAUGGCCAGCGAAAGGUAUUUGAAAUUGAUAGAAACGGUCGAUGGUAAGUUAGUUCAUUUGGAGACAACGUUUCAAGAAAGGACAAAUACUAUACUGAAAUAUUUGACUGAAGUUUUGAGAGUUACGAAAACAUCUCCGGUGGAUGCCCUUCAGAGUUCUCUACAUUCACUUAAAAACGAUUUGGAUAAAUUAAAACAUGUGAUAUCACAGCCAAAAGAUGAAAGUCCUAAAUUACGAGUGGAGACAGACUGCCAUUUGGAGACAGCUUUAGAUAAUCGUCUUUCGUUUUUGGAAACACACAUGAAGUCAGUUGCAAGUAACGUGGAAGUUAUAUUGAAUGUGAUAUCCGAAGUCAAAAGUAGACAACGUUCCCGAAAUUUUAACGAUUCAGAUCAGUUUGGACGUACAGUGGAUCCUACCAAUUUAAUUACCGAGUUCCGACGAGUUUUACAAGAGCAAAAAUCUAAAAAAUGCGAUUGCAAAUUAGGCCGCGUAGACCGUUCAGAACGAUAUCCAACUGAUUGUCAGGAAAUUCAAGCCCAAGGGUUCAAUGUGACCGGUAUCUACAAGAUCAAACCUGAUGAUAUAGAACCCUUUUACGUUCUUUGUGAUCUGAGCUCCGCGGGUGGUGGGUGGACGGUAAUACAGAACCGAUUCGACGGGUCUCAAGAUUUUUACAAAAAUUGGAUAGAAUAUAAGCACGGAUUUGGAAAUCUUGCAGGCGAAUUCUGGCUCGGUUUGGAAAAGACGUUUUAUUUGACAAACCAGAAGUUGUACGAGUUGAGAGUAGAAAUGGAAGGGCAACAUGGACAGGAAGUGUCCGCUACAUAUUCGGUGUUUACGUUGGGGCCGGAAUACGAAGGAUAUCGUAUAAGCACACUUGGAACAUUUCGUGGCAAUGCCGGUGACUCACUUUCAUACCACGCGGGACAGAAAUUUUCAACAUACGACUCAGACAAUGAUGAAUGGAAGGACGGAUCGUGCGCCGUUGAGCACGGGGGAGCCUGGUGGUAUAAGGAAUGUGACAAAAGUAAUUUGAAUGGAAAAUACUUAAUAACUGCCGAUGAAAGCAAUGGACAGUCUAUUUACUGGGUAUCCUUCAACGGCCCCACAUCGCCUCUCUAUAAAACUCGGAUGAUGAUCAGGCCUCUGCCAGCAAGUCGACCGAUGGACCAUAACGAAAAACCACGGAGCAAUUUAGACGGGUCCAAAUCACAAAAUGACAAGAAACAUGUCCGCGCGAAGGACGCGCAGGGCUCGUACGACGCGACACGCGGGCGAAUACCUUACCGCUACGACGUAUUACACCCUGACGGAUUCUUCCCUAAUUAUACAUGAUGAAAUACAAAAUCAAUUAGUUUGAACAAUGCACAUUUGUCAUUUAUUAUUAAUUAUUUAGCUGUCUCUCGACGAUCCGUCAAGAUAUUUAUCUAUGAAAACAAUGUAAUAUCUAUAGAUUUUUGUGUUUAUAGUAGUUAUCAAUACUACACCAGUUUAUAUGACCUACCGGUUGUG